UCCUCCAUCAAAAUCAUCACAUAUCAAAAUUCUACGAUAAAUGUCGUGUACCGCCCUAUUCACCUCCUAAAAUUACAGUCCACUCACUAAAAAGUAAAAACUCAAAAGUCACGGUGAGUGUCGUAUACCGCUAUUUUCUCCCUUUUCAGGUUAAUUAUUUACCUCCCAAAAUUACCAUUCACUCAGAUUAGAUUAAAAAGUCUAUAGCGAGUGUCGUGUACCGCUAUACUCCCUUCUAUUCACCUCCCAAAAUUACUGUCGUGUACCGCUAUUUAUUGACCCUUUUGUCCCUUUCCCGGGAAAAUUAUUUACCUCCCAAAAUUACAGUGAUCGAUCCGCAUAAUAAUAAAAACAUUGGGUUAGAUUAUUAUUAGAUUAAAAAAAGGCAUUGAAGAGUCCGCCUUAGUUUUCCUGAAUUAUCUUGACAAUUAAAUCUCUCUUUCUUUCUAUAUCGUUCUGCCUCCUUCCCUACCCCUACCACCCUCCUUAUUACAAUCUCUCAUGCAUCUUCUGUGUUUGCCUUAAUUUUCCCACAUCUUUCUCUCUCCUCUCUUUAUUUGUGUGUGUUUUCUUCCCCCCCACAUUGCUCCAUACUCUUCUCUCUCUCUCUUUUUAUAUCUUCGUAACCCACACAAAUCAAAUUUAUCCUCUUCUUCUUUUAAAGGGGUGUUAUGGCAGUUCAAGCUCAAUACCCUUCUAAUGUUCUCCUCUUAAACAGAAACGUUCAGGAAAACAACGAUUAUUCUUUGCAUCAUCAUACUGGUGGUGGAGGAGGUGGUGGAGGAGGUGGCGACAGCGGCGGAUUCAUUGACCAAUCCCGAAUGCUUUUUAACAAUAAUGGAGUGGGAGUUAAUCCGAGAAAAAGAAGCAGAGAGGUUGCGGCGGCGACAACAGCAACAACGACGACAACAACGAUUAAUUCAUUCAACUUCUCUCUCCAAAAUCAACAACAAAAUCAGAAUCAUAAUCAAAAUCAUCAGUUGAUCGAUCUUUCGCAGCUUCAAAAUCACCAGCAACAAAAUCAUCAACAACAGACUAAUGUGGUAUCGACUGGCCUUAGAUUAUCAUUUGGAGACCAAAAUCAUCAGCUUCAGCAACUCCAUCAUCAACAACAACAACAACAGCAGCAACAGCAACAACAACAACAACCCAAUAAUAAUAAUACGUUUCUCUCUCUUCUUUCUGAAGAAUUCGCCCUUCAAUUUAAACAACAGAGUGAUGAACUCUCUUACUUUCUCCAUUCCCAGGGAGAACAGUUGAAGCGCACGUUAGCAGAAAAGAGGCAGAGGCACUAUCGUGCGCUGCUAGGCGCAGCGGAGGAAGCUGUGGCGCGACGGAUGAGAGAGAAAGAAGCGGAGGUGGAUAAAGCAGCAAGGCGAAACGCUGAGUUAGAAGCCCGAGCGGCCCAAUUAAGCGCGGAGGCCCAAUCAUGGCAGGCUAAAGCUCGGGCCCAAGAAGUCCAAGCUGUGUCCCUUCAGGCCCAACUACAGCAAGCGAUGGUGGGCCCUGGGAAUGUUAACGGCGCACUACAGCAGGAUAGAGAGGGGAGUGUGGUAGGGUGCGCCGGUGAUGCGGAGGAUGCCGAGUCGGCGUAUGUUGACCCAGUGAGUGACCGGCGAGUUUCGUCGCCGAGUUGUAAGAUGUGUCGGACACGUGUCGCGUCGGUGGUGCUGUUGCCGUGUCGGCACUUGUGCGUGUGUAGGGAAUGUGACGACGUCGUUCAAGCUUGCCCACUUUGUUUGUCUCUUCGAAGUGCCAGUGUUGAGGUCUACCUCAGUUAGUUUGGCCCACCUGGCCCAUUACAGGAAUUCAGGCCCAUUAAAUGCGACCCAAAAAAGAAAAAAGGACCAAAAAAAUUGAAAAAAAAUAAUGAGAAAAUGGUAGUAAUAGAAAAAUUAUAUUAAAAAAAACAAAAAAACUUCCGCAACUUUGAAAACCGAGCCCCUCAAAACGACAACAAAAUGAACUUUUGCUACUUUAAUUUUGGGUCGUUUACAAUGGGUGGUGAAUGUACAUGGCCAAUGAGGCAUUUUUUUUUCUUCUUUCUUGAAAUUUAAUUUCAUACAUAAAAUUCUUUUAUUCUAUAAUUAAUUUUUGUUCA